AUGAUUCACUACGCAUGUCUUCAAGUUGUAUCAUCAGCCUAUGCGAAGUGUUACACAUGGGAUGUGUUUCAAGAUGGGCAGUUACUGGGAAGGAAAAUGCGUAGACUAGAUAAAGUAGGUCCCUUCAUGUGCAUCAGAGAGUGUCUACUACGAAGAAGUUGUAAAUCUAUUAAUUACUAUCAACUGUUGUCUUUGUGUGACAUUAACUAUGACACGAUUUCCUCGAACCACUCCCUCCAACAAUUAGGUGGAACCUGGAGAUAUUUGGAUAAAAGACAAAUGUAUUCAAUGUUAGACGUUUCCCCCUGCAGUGACACGACCUGUGGAGAAAAUGAAAGAUGUGAAGUUUUAGCUAACAAGUCCGUGGUCUGCAGCGUAACAGAAUGUGGCCCACUUGCAGCAGAGAAGCUUCGCUUGGUGGAUUCGUCUUAUAGCCCCCUGAUGGUCGGGAGUCGGGUUCGGUAUCAGUGCGUAAACAAUCCCUCUCUCCUGGUUUUACACCAGUGCCAGCAAACAGGAACAUGGAAAGCUUUACAGAGGAUACCUAAGGAGUGUAUCAAGGACAAAUCACCAGAAUAA